GCAGCUCCGAGGUCUGAUACCGUGGGGCCGCUGAAGGAUGCCGACCUGCGGGCAGCCCUGGAUGUGUUGCGGUGUUACGACUUGCACUCGAUCGUGGAGGAGUGGUUCAUCGAGGUGCUGCAGACGGACCUUCAGGCAAAUAUAGCUCCUGAGUUCUGGAACUGCAUCGGCCAGUAUGAAAACACAGCUGAGGAGCCCCAGUGCUCCUCACUCCUUCUGGAUGCGUUUUGUCUUCUCAAGUGCCGCCUGGACCCAUACCUGAACAGCCUGGAACUUCUGGAGAGGUGGACCAAGGCAGGCUUGCUCCUGGGGACAGGUGCUCAGAUGCUUCAAGAAAAGGUCUACACCAUGUUCAAAGCGAUCCUUUUCUUCUCCACUACCAAGUCCUUCCAGGAAAUGAUCCAGCAGUUCUACAGCCGCACUUUCAGGAUAUACAUGCGGCAGUGGAAGAAAGGAGAAGAUGGAACGAACGAGUGUGAGAGCAGCAUGAGUGAGACCGAGCAGGAGAGUGAUCCGGAGGAGGGUGGAGGAGAGAGCCCGCUGUGCGCAGGCUGCAGCAGCAAGAGAGAGCAGUGCUGGUGCCCCAAAGCCAUGGAGCAGUUUCAGCAGCUCAAUGACAUUCUCCGCCGGCUGAAUUUGCUGGAGAGAGUGAGCGCCGAUGCUGUCACCACCAUCUUGCACCGGAUGAUAGAGGAGAGGAUGGAGCAACGGUGCCGAGGAGAAUACGAGCACUCCUUCCUCAAUGAGUUCCAGGAGUGGAUUGAGAAAGUGAUCGGCUGGCUCAGCAGGGUUUUCCUACAAGAUGGUGCCUUGGCUCGCUCCUCUCCAGAAGCCAGCAGCACCUUGAAGCGCUGGCGCUGCCACGUCCAAAGGUUCUUCUACCGCAUCUAUGCCAGCAUGCGCAUCGAGGAGCUCUUCAGCAUCAUUCGAGAUUUCCCAGAGUCGAAGCCUGCUGUGGAGGACCUCAAGUUCUGCCUGGAAAGGACUAAUCAGAGGCAGCAGCUGCUCAGCUCCCUGAAAAGUGCUCUGGAAAUGCGACUUCUGCAUCCGGGUGGGUUUUACAUCCCCGUGUGUGUCAUAACGCUGUAA